AAGAAGAAGGGAAAAAAACCUAUUUUUCAAAUAAGAAAGAUAGGAUAAUAUUACAUUUAAAAAAAUGUAAAAAUUUCCUUAGUGCAACUACACCUGAAAAGCAAGUAGAAAUAUUCGCAUCUGCUAAUAAUUUAUCUACAAAAAAAAGAUUAUAUAAUUAUAUUGUUUGGGCUUUAUCAAAAGAAGAUUGCAAACAAUUUAAUAAACUUUUACUUAAAAUGACAGUUUCUUGUGAGUGGUCUCUAUCUUGGAUUAAUAAUCCUGAAGCAAGAGAAUGUUUUAAGUUUUUAAAUCUGCUUCUUGUACUUCCAGACUGCAGAACCUUAGGUGAUCAAAUAUUAAAUGAGAUUGUUAAUGAUGCUAAUAAAGAAAUAGAAACUGUACUGAAGAAAAAUCUAGUAGGUAUAACUUUAACAUAUGAUGAGUGGACUAAUGUGAAAAAUAGGCAUCUUUUAGGAACUGUAAUUUUGUUAUCUGAGGGGAGACCUUAUGUUUGGAAGGCUAUUGAUAUUAGUUCUGAACGCAAAAAGCAUCAAGAUGUUAUAAAUAAAACUAAACUAAUGAUUGUAGAAUUAGAAUCAUUAGGUAUUAAAGUUUGUGCUAUUGUUAUGAAUAGUGCAACAAAAGCACUUAAUAUGAGCAAAUUACGAGCUAAUAUAACUUAUCAACAUUGUCAUGAACUAGAUAUUCCUUUUUCUGCCUUUUUACAUAUUACCUCGACUCAAAUAACAAAUAAUAGUAAUGUUGAGUUAUUUGAUACUGAAAUAGUGGAUGAAGAUAAUGUAGAUGAAGAUAAUGAUAUUGAUCAAUUAGAUGAGUUUUUAAAUGAGAACAAUAAUAAUGAAGAAACAAAUGAUAAUGAAGAAUAUAACUUGCCUUAUAUUUCAGAAAUAGAAUUUGUAGAAAUAUUAGAAGAGGAAAAAGAAGCAGAUAUAAUAGGAGAUCAAGACAAUAUUUUAAAAUCAGAUGAUAAUAUUUAUCUAGCUAUAGAUAAAAAUGCUAAGUGGAAAUUAGCUA